AUGAUUAAUGAACGUUUUAAUCAACAAGCUAUACGGGAGCAUAAUCGACUUCGUUCUUUACAUGGAUGUGGUGAACUUCAAUUAGAUGAAGAAUUAAUGAUUUCAGCACAAAAAUGGGCCGAAAAUUUAGCUGACGCUGAAAAACUAUAUCAUAGUAAUUAUAAUGAUUAUGGAGAAAAUUUGGCUUUUAAAAUGUCUGUGGCACCAUGUCAAAUAACAGGUGAAGAGGUUUCACAGACCUGGUAUAGUGAGAUUGACUAUCAUGACUUUAAUCAAUGUUAUCAUCCGAAUUCACGUCAUUUUACUCAGAUGAUUUGGAAAUCCACAACACAUGCUGGAUUUGGAUUAGCCUUAAGUCAAGAUCAAACAAAAGCAUAUGUUGUUGGACGUUAUUUACCUGUAGGUAAUAGAGGGGAUUUCGGAUGGAAUGUACCACAUUAUCAAGGAGUUAAGAGAUCUGGUGACAAUGAAAGCCGGUAUACUGCAGAUGGAGGAAGUGCAAGAUUGAAUGAUAUUGGAUCAGCAAAUAACGAUACAUCAAGAGGCAAUAUGUAUUCAUUGGAUCGAAAUUCAACUAGAUCAAGUCAUAGGCGAUCUUUUAGAGAAAGUCUAGGAUUAUCAGAAAGAUGCAAAUGUUACUGGGAUCAUACACCAUAUUUACCUGAAGGACACUCUAUAAUAAACGAAGAUGAACGUUCUAGAACUGGCUCAAUACGUAGUGGAGACUUUCAACGUUCCAGACCUACUUCAUUUUCAAAUAAUGAUGAUAUACAUUUUAAAUCUGUAUAUACAAGAAGUUCUGAAGAUUUACGACCUAAAACUAUAAAUGUCACUACUACUAGUUUACCGAAUACAGAUGAUGCGCACAAUUCAUUAUGUAGUCCAACAGUGAUCAAUUUAAACUUCAUGAAUUCAGAUGAACGUCCAACAAUAGUUACGAAUGCAAAACCAUCAGAUGACUUUUCGGGUUCUAAUCGUGUGUCUAUCAGAACAUCAAUGAGACGACCAACAAGAAGUUCAACACCAGUGUGUAAUGGACACUCAUUUGAAAGAGAGAGCAGUAUUUCUUCAAGUGGAAGUAAGUUCAUUUGGUUGGCUUAUAACAUAUAUAUUCAAUAAUCCGAUGAUAUAUACUACUGAUUAUUUUACGUUACUUUAAAUGUCACUAAUCUACCAUUAAAAUUAAAAUUUAAUUUAUAAAACUAUCAACAAUUAAAACUAACAUACAUUCUAUGUUUCACUCGAUUGUUUGACUCAAGUCCCUUCAAUGGAAGUAAUCAAAUAUUACAAUUAUUGAAUAUAAAUAUUAUGGUUUACAAAUGAAUUGUGUACUAACCAAAUAGUUGAAUAGUAUUAAUUCAAUGCUGAAUGUGAAGCAUGUUGUUAGUGUGUGUAUAAGUGUGAAUUGUAGAAGAAAUUAAGAUAACAGCUGUAUGUAUAUAUAAUGUUGAUCUAAUGUUAGGAAAAAUUGCUUACCAUUUAUGACCUUAAUUUAUGGUGUAGUGAACAAGAACACAGGCUGGGACGACCAAAAACAUUUUGAUACAUUACAGAAUAUCUUGAUAAAAUCUGACAACCAUAAUGUAAAUACUUCAGUUGCAAAAUAUCUAUCAAUUGUUUUAAGACUUUACUGUUCCUUCGAUUUCAUACUAAUCACUCUUUGUUCUCGUUCUAUUCUCAUUGAUUUUCUCAACCUUCUACCUCCAGACAUGCUAUCUUCGAUUGAUGACAUAUACUACUUAUAUCUGCCGACAU